GGAGAGGAGGCGCGGAAGGAAGGAAGGAGGCGGGAUAGUAUUUAAAACAAACAACCCACCCUCAUCUCGGAGAGCGACUGUGCAGGGGUCCGCUCCUCCCAGAAGGCGGCGCUGCCUGCGAGGGCGGGCCGCGCGGAGGCUUGUGGGGCGGAUAGCUCCCCUGCUGCUGGAGACGCAUGGAGGCGGGCGGGCGGGGGGACUCUAUGUCCCAGAAUGCCCCACGGCGGGCCCGACCGGCCGCUACUCCGGGCUUGGCCCCGGCCCUAGCCUGUCGGCGGUGUAUUGGGGCGCGUGGAGGCAGAAGUCACGGUGGCGCUCGCGGGGACGGAGGAGGGAAUGAGUGAGGAGGAGCAGGGCUCCGGCACUACCACGGGCUGCGGGCUGCCCAGUAUAGAGCAAAUGCUGGCAGCCAACCCAGGCAAGACCCCGAUCAGCCUUCUGCAGGAGUAUGGAACCAGAAUAGGGAAGACGCCCGUGUACGACCUUCUCAAAGCCGAGGGCCAAGCCCACCAGCCUAAUUUCACCUUUCGGGUCACCGUUGGCGACACCAGCUGCACUGGUCAGGGCCCCAGCAAGAAGGCAGCCAAGCACAAGGCAGCUGAGGUGGCCCUCAAACACCUCAAAGGGGGGAGCAUGCUGGAGCCGGCCCUGGAGGACAGCAGUUCUUUUUCUCCCGUAGACUCUUCACUGCCUGAGGACGGCCCGGUCUUUGCUGCUGCAGCGGCUGCUACGCCUGUUCCAUCUGCCGCCCCAGCCAGGAGCCCCCCCAUGGAGGUGCAGCCCCCCGUCUCCCCUCAGCAGUCUGAGUGCAACCCUGUUGGUGCUCUGCAGGAGCUGGUGGUGCAGAAGGGCUGGCGGCUGCCUGAGUACACGGUGACUCAGGAGUCGGGGCCAGCCCACCGCAAGGAGUUCACCAUGACCUGCAGGGUGGAGCGCUUCAUUGAGAUUGGCAGCGGCACUUCCAAAAAGCUGGCCAAGCGGAACGCGGCCGCCAAAAUGCUGCUGCGAGUGCACACGGUGCCUCUGGAUGCCCGGGAUGGGAACGAGGCCGAACCUGACGACGACCACUUCUCCAUUGGUGUGGGCUCCCGCCUGGAUGGACUUCGGAGCCGGGGCCCGGGCUGCACCUGGGAUUCUCUGCGGAACUCGGUGGGAGAGAAGAUCCUGUCCCUCCGCAGCUGCUCCCCGGGCUCCUUGGGGGCCCUGGGCCCUGCCUGCUGUGGCGCCCUCAGCGAGCUGUCUGAGGAGCAGGCCUUCCAUGUCAGCUACCUGGAUAUUGAGGAGCUGAGCCUGAGUGGGCUCUGCCAGUGCCUGGUGGAGCUGUCCACACAGCCGGUCACUGUGUGUCACGGCUCUGCAGCCACCAGGGAGGCAGCGCGUGGCGAGGCGGCUCGCCGCGCCCUACAGUACCUCAAGAUCAUGGCGGGCAGCAAGUGAAGCUCCGCGGACUCACGGACAUGCAGCCUCGCUCCUGCUCUUCCUGCGCUCGGCCCAGGCACCGGCCCAGCGCUGGCACCCUCUGGAGGUGCCAUCUCUACCUCUGACACAGACUGCCUCCCUGCAGGCCGAGGAGGGCAUGGGCCCAGGAGCCAGGGACCACAGUGCCUCAGUGGCCCAGGAUCCGUCCUGUUACUGGUGACGGAGGGGAAUGAAACCGGACUGUCCCCCAGAGCCCAGAAUAAACGUGCUGCUCCUCGGAACC